UGAGCGCCCGCAACUGCGAGUUUGAGGAUAGAUCGUCACGGCCUUCAACUUGUAAUUCGCCUGGUGCUGGCUUUCCGGUCGCUGUUCUCUCACAGAUAAUACUUCACUUGCAUUGAUAUAUCAAGUACUGUGUGAGCUGUUCCCUGAAGCAGAUUACCCAACCAUAACGUAUUGUUAUUACCAUCAUGGCGGCAUACUUCUUCGCGUCACCUGUGGACAUUGAGGUCAAACUAGACGGCGAGGAUGAGCGGAAGAAAGUAGAAAUGAAGGGGGAGAAGGACAAGACUAUAAGCUGUCCAGUGUACUACGAUGGAGACUCCGUGUCAGGACAGGUGACUGUACGAGUACGUGACGGCAAGAAACUAGCACAUGAGGGUAUUAAGGUCGAGUUUGUGGGCAGCAUCGAGUUAUUUUACGACCGGGGUCACCAUCAUGAAUUCUUGUCACUUUCGCAGGAGCUAGCUGCGCCAUCGGAGAUGCGGCAGGCUCAGACAUAUGACUUCUUGUUCAAGAAUGUCGAGAAGCAAUAUGAGAGCUAUCAGGGUAUCAAUGUGAAGCUGCGCUACUUUGUCCGAGUCACCAUUUCAAGGCGAAUAGCCGACGUUACCAAAGAGCAGGAUGUUUGGGUACAUUCAUACCGAAUGCCGCCGGAUAGCAAUAAUUCAAUCAAGAUGGAAGUCGGUAUCGAAGAUUGCUUGCACAUUGAGUUCGAGUACAACAAGUCGAAAUAUCACUUGAAGGACGUGAUUGUGGGCAAGAUUUACUUUCUUCUUGUCCGCAUCAAGAUCAAGCACAUGGAACUCUCAAUCAUUCGACGAGAAACCACUGGUACCCCGCCGAAUCAGUACAACGAGAGUGAGACCAUCACGAAGUUCGAGAUCAUGGACGGUGCACCAGUACGAGGAGAAACAAUCCCCAUCCGACUGUUCCUGGGUGGAUUCGACCUAACACCCACCUUCCGAGAAGUCAACAAGAAAUUCAGCGUCAGAUAUUACCUUAACCUUGUACUGAUUGACGAAGAGAAUCGAAGGUACUUCAAACAGCAGGAAAUCACUAUUUUCCGGAUACCAGAGAAUUGAUGCUCUGACACUGUACUUCUAUACCUAUCUUUAUUGCUGUCUGUAUAUGUUUCCUCGGAUGUUCACGCCUUUUCUUUUCUCCUUUCUGGCAAGCGUAAGAUCACGAAUUUCCCAAGCACUAUUGUACACUGCGCAAAACAACCAAAACGGCACGACGGCCUCGACGCAAAACGUACUACAGAAAGAGCAAAGUCAACGGCAAUCUAAGAAACUA